AUGUUGGAACUCAAGUAUCUGAUACUUGUGGUUUUGGCCCUGGCGUUGUCGCCAAUAACCGAACGAUGUGUAGCCGACGAACUAGAAGGCGAAGGAGAAAUAAUAAAAACAUUUACGGUUGACGCAACCGUCGACGGUGGCAGCAAAGAAGGAGCAGUUACUGAUGAUAAGGCAGCUGUAAAUGCAGAAGAACGAAUUAAAUUAGAUGGAUUGAAUGCUGCACAGUUAAAGGAACUGAAAGAACAGGCAGAAACAUUUACUUUCCAAGCUGAAGUUAAUCGAAUGAUGAAACUUAUUAUCAACUCGUUAUAUAGAAACAAAGAAAUUUAUUUAAGAGAACUUAUUUCAAAUGCGUCAGAUGCUUUAGAUAAAAUAAGAUUAUUGGCGUUGUCUAAUACUAAUCUUUUAGAUGCAACUAAUGAACUUUCUAUCAGAAUAAAGGUGAACAAAGAAUCCGGGAUGUUGCAUAUAACUGAUACAGGAAUCGGUAUGACCCGCGAAGAUUUGGUAAAAAAUCUGGGUACCAUAGCUAAAUCUGGUACUGCUGAGUUUUUAAGUAGUUUGAACUCUGGAGAAGGUCAAGAUAAGAAUAUGAAUGACAUGAUUGGACAAUUUGGUGUUGGAUUUUAUUCUGCUUUUCUUGUUGCUGACAAAGUUUUGGUUACCACCAAGCACAAUGAUGAUAAACAAUAUAUAUGGGAAUCAGAUGCCAACAGUUUUUCUAUUGUUGAAGACCCUAGAGGACCAACACUUAAGAGAGGAACUCAAAUUAGUUUACAACUGAAAGAGGAAGCUAUUGAUAAUUUAGAAAUAAAUACUCUGAAAAAUUUGGUGAAAAAAUACUCUCAGUUUAUCAACUUCCCUAUUUAUUUAUGGUCAAGCAAAACUGAAACUGUAGAUGAACCAAUUGAAGAAGACGAGCAACCAGAAAAUGAAGAAAAAUCAGAAGACGAUGAUGCAGCAGUAGAAGAUGCUAAAGAAGAAACACCAAAAACCAAGAAGGUAGACAAAACUGUUUGGGAUUGGGAAAUCCUUAACAACCAUAAACCUAUAUGGACUCGUAAACCUGAUGAUGUAGAAGCAAAUGAGUAUGAUGAAUUUUAUAAGGCGCUAACUAAAGAUACCAAGGAUCCACUGACUUAUACACAUUUUAAUGCUGAAGGCGAAGUAUCGUUUAAAUCCUUGCUUUAUGUUCCAUCUGCUCAACCAUCAGAUACCUUUAACAAAUAUGGUACAGUAACAGACAACAUUAAGCUUUAUGUUAGAAGAGUAUUUAUAACAGAUGAGUUUACUGAUUUAUUGCCAAAGUAUUUAAGUUUCCUUCAAGGAAUUGUAGAUUCAGAUGAUUUACCAUUGAAUGUCUCUCGUGAAGUUUUACAACAACAUAAGUUACUUAAAAUCAUCAAGAAAAAACUUAUCCGUAAAGCUUUAGAUAUGCUUAAAAAGUUGGAUGCUGAAUCGUACAAGAAAUUCUGGGCUGAAUAUUCUACAAACAUAAAAUUGGGCAUUAUUGAAGAUCCAUCUAAUCGAGCACGUCUUGCCAAGUUGCUGCGAUUCCAAUCAUCUGUUGAAGAAACUCCUACGUCAUUGGCAGACUACGUAAAACGUAUGAGUGAAAAGCAGGAGCAUAUUUAUUACAUUGCUGGUUCUAGCAAGGCAGAACUUGAACGUUCUCCUUUUGUUGAGGGCAUUAUUCGCAAGGGAUAUGAAGUACUGUACCUAAUUGAAGCUGUAGACGAAUACACAUUGUCAGCCAUUCCAGAGUUUGAAGGUAAAAAGUUCCAAAAUGUGGCUAAAGAGGGUGUUUCUCUUACUGAAAAUAAAGAAAAGGCUGAAGAAUUGAAAGUCCAAUUUGAACCACUUACAAAAUGGUUUGGCGAAAAUGCUCUUAAAGAUCAAAUUUCAAAAGCAGUCGUAUCAGACCGCUUGGCUGAAUCACCAUGUGCUCUUGUUGCUGGAAUGUUUGGUUGGACUGGUAAUAUGGAAAGAUUAGCCUUAUCUAAUGCUCACCAAAAAGCUGAUGAUCCACAAAGAGAGUUUUAUUUAAAGCAACGUAAAUCUCUUGAAAUAAAUCCUCGUCAUCCUCUUAUAAAGGAUUUGUUAAGAAGAGUAAGAGAUGAUCCUGAAGACCAAAAAGCAAAGGAUAUUGCAGUUAUGUUAUUUAGAACAGCAACAUUGAGGUCAGGAUUCAUGCUCCAAGAAUCUGCAGAUUUUGCUGAAAGUGUUGAAGCUCUAAUGAGGCAAUCAUUAGGCAUUCCAUUAGAUGAAAAAGUCAGUUAUGAUGAUGAAGAAUCAGUUGGUGAACAACCUGUAGAAGAAGAAGAGGAAGAUAAAGAAGAACAUGAUGAAUUAUAA